AUGUCCUCGACGUCCCAAACUCUAGAUCGCUCAUAUCUUCCUCCCCGCGGCGUAGACAACGACGACACCGCCUUCCUGUCAUUGGAUCCCGAGUUGAGAGAAAUACGAUGCGUCAUUCUGCUACCUGGAUCUGGAGACGACCCCAUCGCCUGCGAAUUAGUUUAUACCAACAUCAACGAGAAUUCUAGUGCUCGCACCCCAUACAUUGCAUUAUCUUACUGCUGGGGAGAUAUUGAGGAUACCGUUGAGAUUAUGCUUUACGGCCCCUCGAAGGAUUCAUCCGGCGCGUAUCAGGAACCAAUCAUUGCGUCAUUUCGGAUCACACGAAACUUGCAUAUCGCGCUCAUGGCCUUACGCAAUGACAGCAAGCAGUAUCUGUGGGUUGAUGCCUUGUGCAUUAACCAACAAGAUCCGCGAGAGAAGACGCAUCAAGUUCAGUUGAUGGGAAAGAUCUACUCGUCGGCUGAAUCAGUGUUGGUGUGGCUGGGGCCGGACGAUGAAUAUAGUCGGUUUCUUAUGAGGCUAUGGACGGAACACCUACAUCCUCUCAUAAACAGACUCGAUGGCGAAGCAUUGUCGAGUCUAUACGAGGAUCUUUUUAAGAGUCCGCAUCCGUUGUGGGAUGACGUGGCACAGGACGAAACACUCAUCCAAUCUGCGCUCAAUCUCAAUGAUGCAAGGGUGGACGAAGUCUCGCCUGACCGGUACAAGAAGGCGCUAUGGAUCAGCUUCAACGGUGUCUUAGGUCGACCGUGGUGGAGCCGAAUAUGGAUUGUACAAGAGGUUUUCUUGGCUCCAAGGAGCGAGGGAGGUGGCCGCAAGGUCCAAUUUAGGAUUGGUGAUAAUCUAUUGCAUUGGCAAGACACAUUGCAUACUAAGACUCUAUUGCCCGGUUACGGUCCUCUCUCUGUUAGCCAAGUUUGCCACUCGUGGUACUCGCUUAUCGAUAUGGACGAAAGGCUCGUGGACCUAGACAUCGACUUUCUGCUCAGGUUUACGUCUCAUUUUUGCGCCUCAGAUCCCCGGGAUAAACUCUUCGCAUUACUCCAACUGGCCUCAGAUACUAAAGAACGCAUGCACGACCCCUUAAUCAGGCCUGAUUACACAAAGUCUCUGGCAAACGUCGUGGAUGACUUGGUACGUUGGAAACCAAGUUUAAGUAAAUAUCGUUGUCUGUUUCACGUUGGAGGCAUAUGA